AUGUCUAAGGAGCUCAAUUCGGUUUUGCUUAUAGGGGGUGCUGGGUUUUUAGGACUUCAUUUAAUUCAACAAUUUUAUACGCAUUGUCCAGGUAUAAAAAUUACUGUAUUUGAUAUACGUCCAAUACCACUGAAAUUAUCGAAAUUUUUCACUUUUGAUGCUAAAGAAAUUUCAUUUUUUGAAGGGGACUUGACCAGUACUGAGGAUGUAGGUCGAGCUAUUAAAGAAUCUCAAUGCGAUGUAAUUGUUCAUUCAGCUUCACCCAUGCAUGGAUUAUCGCAGGCCAUAUACGAGAAGGUAAAUGUAGAAGGGACACGUAAUUUGUUACAAGUUGCAAAGAAUACAGGAAUUGGUGCAUUUGUGUAUACUUCUUCCGCAGGUGUCAUAUUCAACGGACAAGAUGUGAUCAAUGCCGAUGAGAGUUGGCCCUAUCCCGAAGUUCAUAUGGAUGGGUAUAAUGAAACCAAAGCUAUUGCAGAAACCGCAGUGAUGAAAGCGAAUGAUCCUGAAAAUGGGUUCAGAACAAUAUGUUUGAGACCAGCGGGGAUAUUUGGUCCUGGAGAUCGGCAAUUGGUCCCUGGAUUGAAGGCAAGCGCCGAAUUGGGACAAUCCAAGUAUCAAUUGGGCGAUAAUAAUAACUUGUUCGAUUGGACUUAUGUUGGCAAUGUUGCCGAUGCUCAUGUUUUAGCAGCAAAGAAAUUAUUGAAUCAAGACACCAGGGACAAAGUAAGCGGAGAAACGUUUUUCAUUACCAAUGAUUCACCUACAUAUUUUUGGACAUUGGCAAGAACAGUAUGGAAAAACGACGGGUACAUUGAUAAAUAUUAUAUAAAAUUGAGUCGACCUGUAGCUAUAUGUUUAGGUUAUAUUUCAGAAUUUGUUUCCAAGCUUUUAAGGAAAGAACCAGGUAUCACUCCGUUUAGGGUUAAAGUUGUUUGUGCGGUAAGAUACCAUAAUAUCAGCAAAGCUAAGAGAUUAUUAGAUUAUGAGCCAAAAGUGGAUUUAGAAACGGGAAUCAUUAAUACCUUAGACUGGAUGAAUGAGAAAUUAUAG